GGAAUAUUCAUAUUAUGGGGUCGAUUCAAAUAUGCUUCUUCUUUCAUAUUUGAGUUUUGAGUCCUUCUUGACUUGAGAAUCAAUGAUGCAAGUUUCUAUGAAGAACGGGAUCGUCACCGAUCACUGGGCUUUUCUGAUUACACAUUUUUUAGGGUUUUGGAUUAUGCAAAAAUUGGUUGAAAAUUGGUGGAAGUAAUAAUGGAACCAUGAAAAUGUAGACAAAAUGCAUGCAAAUGUGCAGAAUAGGUUUUCCAUUUAGAAUUGUUUGGCUAGCUAUUUACUUUGUUAAAGAAGAAUUUGAGUUGCAUAACAUACAGGAACAUUUUGAUGCACCUAUGUGGGCAGAUUUGACUCUUGAACCUAACUCUGCUAUAACUGAUGAUGAUGACUGGUUCGACAAAAAUCACUUGUUCCACCAGUUGUCUGCUCGCGAGUUAAAAUCAAAAUUUGCUCACUCGGUUGAGGGAUUUGCUUCGCCGGGACUUCCUUCUUCAGUCUCGAAAUCAAGAGGAAAACACUACAAAAAUAAGAUCAAGUGGGGGAAAGGUAUUAAUCUAAAUGCUUUGUUGGAUAAACAGGAGGGUUUAAGCAGAAGGGGAUGCAUCAAACAAGGUGCCAGCAUUGGUUAUGAAGCGAAGCCCAAAUCAACAUCAAGUGUUAGCAACCCAAAAUCAGGCUUGACUUUUGAACACAAUGCCGGCGGAAAAACUAUGUCCAAGGCCCGUUGCGGUAAUCUAGUGGGAAGUUCAAGUUCUAUGGAUAAAAAGAAUUAUGAAAGGUCCACAAGAACCAUGCUUACAUCUGAGAACAUGAUUCAAAAGAAGGUAUCAUAUGAUGAGAAACGAAAAAGGUCGUCGGUAAGAAGCAAUAGCUUUGGGAAAAGUUUGGUUACAGAAGCUUCAAGAGUUCAGGACCAGCAUAAAUAUACGGAGCUGUCUAAUAAACCAUGUGAUCAGACAAGUGGAAGUUCAUCAGUGAAUAGUAUUUGUCUUAGGAAAAGUUACGUGACACAAAAAGCCUCCAAAGUGGAGAUGGAUGUUGAUAACAUGAAAUCGAGAGGUCGUAAAUCAUCUUCUGGGAAGUCUAGUGUUGGGUCAUGUUCGAAUCCUAGUUAUGAAGUAUCAAAGGAACAGAGGAAGAAAAUCACAAUUACGAAAGAUGUGGUCACAAUGAAUCUUGCAGUUAAGAAUAGAUCCAACCUUGGAAACAAAUUCAAGACAUCAUCCAUUACAGCUGAAGGAAAAGGAAAAGGAAGCAUAAUAGGAAAUAACAUCAAUGUUGCAAAGUCAUUGAUCAAAACCCAGUCUGUACGCUCAAGUACCAAGUUACCGGGCAAAGUCAACAAAACCAAAUGUACUGCUGCUAAGGAGACACUUCACAAGGGGAAAGAGAAUGCUACCAUGAAAUUGACAGUGAAUAAAAAUUGCAAUGAAAAAGGUGUUCUUGCAAGGGGCGUUUUAAAAAGUCCGAAAACUAGACAACAUAAGGAUGACAAAGCAGGAUUGGCGGCUUUGACAAUACUGGGAAAAGUGAAUGGUGAACGUGAGGCAAAGAACCCAGUUAAUCCAGCCAGAAGGAUUUACCUGCGAUAAUGCAAUCUAUUGUUUUGUGAGGGUAAAAAACGUAGCCAGAUGUCACACAACUCAUUGAAGCUUUUUUUUUUUUGGUUUAUGCUACUAACUCUUGUAUAUAGCAUUAGUGGGUCUAGCUAGCAUGGUUAUGAGUAUGACCCCAACAUGCAAAUAUUCGGUCAUACAUUUUAGUUUCUGUUUCUAACAAAAUACCAAAUGUUAUACAGUUUAGUUCCCUUAAAUUUCAAAUGUUAUACAGUUUAGUUCUUUC